UCAGAGCGCGCAAGGCGAGACGCAGAAGAGAGAAACGGGCUCGAGCGGCGGAACGGUAACGAUCUCGUGUGGUACCCCGGAUUACACCGACAGAAAUGUCUGGAUAUAUCAAUCUCUCCACUACUCACGAGUAACAUAGAGGCACGUGCUCGCACACGUUACACACACACACACACACACACACACACACACACAGACGGAAAAGUUAAAGAGCAACGGAACGGACUGGCAAGAAUUCGCGGUCGCGAGAGCAGGGAAUUUAAUAACGGUAACAAAACGGGCUGAACUCUCAGUUUCCUGCCAGCGCGCGCUGCCAAACAAAGCAGCUCUGCUCAAGGGGAACAGCAUAGCAGAGCGCGAGGACACGAUAAUUGUGGGAUUAAAAAAAAUUGUGGGAUUGUCCUGAACCACUGCUGCAGAGACCACACCCACCCACAUGACAGACUCCGCCCACUAACAGAUCAGCAGAUUGUCACACUUCUCCUCCUUUCAAAUACGUUGUAUUGUGUACAACAUGAAAGACUUUUGUGAGCCUCUGUUGGUCUACUGGUUGGUGGGCAUGGCUUUGGUGUUUCCGGAAGCCACCACCCAUGAUGUAAACCCUUUCUCUGUGCAAACAUCCUCCCCUGAACCCUGUUAUAGUGAAUCGGGGUCUGCCCGCUACUGCAUUCCAGAGUUUGUUAACGCAGCAUUUGGUCAGGAAGUAAGUGUCUCGAGCACAUGUGGCCGUCGCAGCUGUGAACAAACCCACCUGACAGAUCUAAACUCUGCUCAGAACCUCACCUGCUGGCAGUCAGAGAUGCUUCGGACAAUACCAUACAACGUCACACUCACCCUUUCACUAGGAAAGAAAUUUGAAAUCACUUACAUUAGCUUAAAUUUCUGUUCCGAGAAACCAGAUUCAAUGGCGAUUUACAAAAGCAUGGACUAUGGACGCAGCUGGACACCAUUUCAGUUUUAUUCUUCUCAGUGCCGCCGAGUUUACGAUCGCCUGAACCGGGCAGAAAUCACCAAGCUCAACGAGCAGGAACCACUGUGCAUGGAACUGCCCAACAGUGCUGACACCAGUAAUGCCAUCCUCGUUUUUAGCACACUGGAUGGACGACCUUCAAGAACAAACUUCAUCUCCAGCCCUGUUCUCCAGGAUUGGGUCACUGUUACUGACAUACGUGUGACAUUUCACCGGCCAAAAAUGAUUAAAGACGUGCGAGAACCUGCCUACUUUUAUGCAGUUUCAGAUUUCCAGGUGGGCGGCAGAUGUAAAUGUAAUGGCCACGCCCACAGAUGUUUAAGGGACAAAGAUGGGAAGAUGGUCUGUGACUGCAAACACAACACAGAAGGACCCGAGUGUGACCGAUGCAAACCGUUCCACUAUGAUCGUCCAUGGCAGCGAGCUACACCCAAAGAAGCUAACGAGUGUCUGCCCUGUAACUGUAAUCUACAUGCCCGGCGUUGCAGGUUUAACAUGGAGCUAUAUAAGCUAUCAGGACGGAAGAGUGGAGGUGUUUGUAUGAAUUGCAGACACAACACAGCUGGGCGACACUGUCACUACUGCAAAGAGGGUUACUACAGAGACAUGAGCCGACCAAUAACACACCGCAAAGCCUGCAUAGCAUGUGACUGCCACCCAGUGGGAGCUGCAGGUAAAACUUGUAACCAGACAUCUGGGCAAUGUCAGUGUAAAGAUGGAGUGACUGGACUCACCUGUAACCGCUGUGCCAAAGGUUACCAGCAGAGCCGCUCACCUGUAGCCCCCUGCAUCAAGAUUCCUACUAUUAAUCCAACAGCAAUGGUGAGCAGUACAGAGGGACCUGCAGACUGUGAGUCCUACUGCAAACCAGCCAAAGGCAACCUGAAGAUCAACACCAAGAAAUACUGCAAGAAAGACUAUGCCGUCCUGGUGAGUGUGUUGGACAUGGAGACGGUGGGAGACUGGGCAAAAUUUUCCAUCAGCUUGGUGUCAGUGUAUAAGAGCCGAGAGCCACUGAAGAGAGGCGAGAACGCACUGUGGGUUCACAUGAAGGAUUUGGCAUGUAAAUGUCCACGCAUCCACAUGGGGAAACGCUUCCUCAUCCUGGGCUCUGGUGGGGGUGGAGCCAGUGCAGAGAGGGCGGGGCUUGUUGCAGAUAAAAACAGCCUGGUCAUACAGUGGAGGGACAUCUGGACUCGACGCCUGCGCAAAUUCCAGCGCAGGGAAAAAAAGGGCAAGUGCAGUGCUGCAGAACACAACCAUGAAGUCUAACCUCCAAUCCUGUGUGCGUGUGUGUGUGUGCGUGUGUGUGUGUGUGUGCGUGUGCGUGUGUGUGCGUGUGCGUGUGUGUGUGUGUGCGUGUGUGUGUGUGUGUGUGUGAGUGUGUGUGUGUGUGUGUGUGUGUGUGUGUAUAGACUGUUGGUCAGCCUUCUGAAGGGACCGUUAAAAAGUAAAAGACUGAUGCAGGAACCACGAUUAUUUCUCUCUCUCUCUCUCUCUCUCUCUCUCUCUCUCACACACACACACAGACACACACACACACACACACACACACACACACAGAUGCUGCUCAUUUUCAAACCUCAAACAUUCAUCAUUAUCAUUCUUAUGGGACUGAAGAAAUUUCUAAUGUUUUUAAUAUCUGUGUGUGUGUGUGCGUGUGCAUGUGUGUGUGUGUGUGUUAGUUAUACAGAAUGUUAAUAUGAACUUCAUUAAACAGGGGAUGUGGUAGUCUAGUGGUAAAGGUGCUGGACUACCAAUCGGAAGAUUGUGAGUUUCAUUCCCACAUCCACCAGGCUGCCACCACUGGGCCCCUGAGCAAGGCUUUUAACCCUCAAUUGCUCUGUUGUACAAAAUGAGAUAAAAUGUAGGUCGCCGUGGAUACGGGCAUCUGCUCAGUGCUGGAAAUGUAAAUGUAAACAGACAAAGUAGAUCAGUCAGUCUCAUAACCACCUUUAAACACCCACGUGUUCUGGUCACCAAUCUGCUGCAUUCUCAAAAACAUUCUGGAAAUCUAGAACACGUCUCAGAACCCUGUUUUUCUGAACAUUUUGGAAACAGCUAAGUUGCUGAAAACCUCCAAACACCAGCUGAGUUAUAGAACCUCCUCAAAGAGUGAGAUGAGUUUUUGAAUGUUUUUAGUAGGACAUCUAUUUUGUGAUUUCUACACCAGCUGAAUUCUGGGAAACUUUCCAAAAUGUCACCUGUUUUAGCUGCAAUACAUUUGCAUGUCAGCUUGGCUCUAGAACAAAAAAGCAGAAUGAGUCUGACAGCAACACCUUUGAACAGGAAUGUGCUUCAAAGCAAAUUCAGAACAUUUAGAAGGUCAAGUUCUGAAUAUUAAAGUAUUUCAACAUUGAAUGGAGCGCUUCAACAUUUCAGUUUAGAACACGUUCUGAACAUAAACAAAGUUUUAUAACUUAUAUAGAGAGUCAUAUGGGGUCUAGAAAAAUUCUGUGAAUGUCAGGUGAGAUCUUCUAUGAAGUCUGUAGAGUUUUAGAACAUGAAUGUGGUCUAUGUUCUACGGUGGAUUCCUAGCAUACCUUUUGACUCAAUUUUAGAUCAAUUUUAUUACGCAAACUGAAUUCUUGUAUUCUUUUAAAAAUGCAGAGAGGGUCUAGAAUGAUUUUGAAUAUCACACUUUCAGAUAUUCUGCCUUUUUCUGCAGAUUUCUGCAGUAAUUAUUGGUUUGUUCUGUAGGUCUGUUACCUGAUUGGUCAGUUCAUGUUCACCUGCACUGGUGCUGUAAAUAUCAAUAAGUGUAUCUUUGUUGUGUUUGUUGUUAUAAAGUAACUGACUAGAGAGAAAGUGUUGCUCUUCCCACUGUGUGCGUGUGUGUGUGUGUGUGUGUGUGUGUGGGGAGACACACUUCCAUCUCUCACUAUUUUCACUGCCAUGACCACUGACUGUUUAACCCACACCAAUAAAUUAUUAUUUAAA